CGAGGAGGGGAGGGAGGCAGAGCCGCCACUCCCGCGGCGGAGGCAGCCGGUUGCCCCGGCGAAGGAGACGCCAGGCAGCAGCCUCUGCGCCAACAAAAUGGCGGCGGGCGGCGGGGUCCGGCGGGGAGAGGGUCUGCCCGGGGUGCGGAGAGCGCCCGGCGGCCACCCCCGGCCGCCCGCCGCCGCGGGGACCGGCGUGGUGAGCGGCGACUUGCUGGCCAAGGAGGCGGAGUACAAGCGAUUGAAUGCAGAAUUAGAAGCAAAAACAGCAAAACUGGUGCGUCAGGCAGAAGAAGUAAUGAAAGGCCAACGGGAGCUGCUAUCUAGACCAGUUUCAGUACAGUCUAAGUCAUGUGAAGAUGACAGACAGAGAGAUCCACUCUGCCCUGAAGUUUCAUCUCUUACACACUCGUAUGCCAAGCUAGCAAACAAGAAGAAAUGUUCUUCCGCACCCACGGCUCAGAACAGACCAUACUCUGGAAGUAAGGGAAAAAGGACAAUUUCAAGUUCAAAAAUAAGAAGCCCAGAAGUACAAGGUGCUGAUGAUGUUGCAGUACUGGAAGAUAGCAUAGAUUUUUCUUUAACCAAAACUGUAAGCAAAAUUGAAGAAAAACUAGACAAAGGAGGCUUACCAGGUUGUCUACAUGAUGAUGAUAUUAUUCCAAGCAUUGGAAAUGAAAUUGGAGCAGAAGCUCAAAUCAGAUUUCUUAAGGCAAAGUUACGUGUUACGCAGGAAGAGCUGGAUAGUGUAGUGUCUGAAUGCAGGAAAAAGGAUGAUGAAAAUCAGAAUUUAAAAUCUCAGCUUAAAGAUAUGGAAGAAGAAAAUGCCAGACUGCAACGAACAAUCGGUAUGCAACGUUCUCAGGCUGAAAAGUACAAAAUGUUGUCACAAGAAGCAAACAAGAAAAGUGAAGAGUUACAACACGAGGUCAAGGCGCUAGAAAAGGAAUUGGAGAAUCUAAAGCGUGUACAAAAGCAGGCCACAGCCAGUCAGAGUGCAAUAGAGGUUCGCUUGAACAUGGCCCUGGAAGAAGCAGAAAGGCAUAAAGUGGAGUUAAAUAAACUGAAGCAAAGUACCAAGGAUGCAGCUAACCAAGAACUCAAAACAAUUGAAGAAUUAAAAAUGGAAAACAAGAAACUACAGAAACAAAAAGGAGAGCUAAUGACAGGUUUUAAAAAGCAGUUAAAGUUAAUUGAUAUUUUAAAGAGACAAAAGAUGCACAUUGAAGCUGCUAAGAUGCUUUCUUUUACUGAAGAGGAAUUCAUGAAGGCUCUUGAGUGGGGAAAUUGUUGAUUCCAUAGAAAGACAACUUCUAUUUGAAAUACAAGUCAGAUGGUACAUUAUUUUGGCACUGUAUAUGAAUGCUUGUUAAUAAUAGUUGAUAACUGCAUAGCCCAGUGAAUUGAUUUUGUUGAUUUUGCUUGUGUUUAAAGUGUUUAACUUUUAUAAGCUUGUGUUGUGAUACCAUAGGAAAUACACCCUUCUGUAAUGAGUGGAGAAGCACAGACCGUGUAAGAAAUAUUCCAACAAAUGAACUUUGGUACCAGUUUGCUCUGUUUUAGCAUUUAAAACUGUACCUUAUCUAAAGUAAUAUUCAGUCCAAAGAAGUCAGGGUUUAGUCUCAGAAAAUUCCUUGUUGCAACAGAAAUAAAUUAAGCAGUGAUUCGGUUGA